AUGGUCGAAGUUAAGAUAACAGAGGACAUUAGAAUAGGCGGUAAAAAUCCUUGCUUCAUUAUAGCUGAAGUUGGACAAAAUCACCAAGGUGACAUUGAAGUAGCGAAAAAAUUAAUCAAAGCAGCAAAGGAUGCGGGCGCUAACUGCGUGAAGUUUCAAAAGACUUGUCUGAAUGAAAAAUUUACGAAAAAGUAUUUGGAGAAGCCUUACGAUAGCCCGAAUUCAUGGGGGAAAACUUACGGUGAACAUAAGAGACAUUUAGAAUUUUCGGAAAGUCAAUACAGAGAAUUGUUUAAAUAUGCCCAAGAGGUUGGAAUACUCUUCACCGCUUCAGCAAUGGACAUGGUAUCUUUCGACUUUUUGGUGAACAUAAAAGUGCCGUUCAUAAAAAUCGGAUCCGGCGAUUCCAACAAUUUAUUAUUCUUGAAAUAUGCCGCAUCCAAGAAGAUCCCUCUUAUUAUAUCCACGGGAAUGGUUGAUAAGCAGGCAGUGAAAACUAUAUACGACAUUAUUGCUGCUCAACACAAACAAUUCUGCUUGUUACAUUGUAUAUCAGCGUACCCCGUUCCCUUCGAGGACUGUAACCUGACCGUCCUACAAGACUACAAGAACACUUUUGACAUCCCGGUCGGAUAUUCUGGUCAAGAAGUUGGCACCGCUGUUGCUUUGGGUGCAAUAGCACUGGGAGCUAAGGUCUUGGAGAAGCAUAUAACUUUAGACAAAGGUCUCCGAGGCACAGAUCACGUGUGUUCUUUAACACCGACAGAGUUCCAACAGCUGGUGCGCGAUGUGCGAGUCAUUGAAGCCUCGCUCGGUACACCCAUUAAAAAAGUUGUUACUUCAGAGAUUCCUUGCAUCGAUAAACUGCAAAAGUCGCUUGUGAUGGGUUGCACUAAAAAUAAAGGCGAGAUCCUUUAUCCGGGUGAUGUUAAGAUCAAAGUUGCUGAACCGAAAGGUCUGAACGCGUUGCACUUCGAAGACGUUAUAUAUAAAACACUUGUCUACGAUAAGAAGGAAGACGAACCACUCAACGAAGGAGAUUUCUGUUGA